AUGUCUUUUCGGUCGUGUUGUGCGUCUGUGCGCACGUCUUCGGUUAGCAUCAGCAGUGAUUCAGCAUCUAGGUCACGUCGAGAGUCGAGGUGCCAGUGAGACGCCAAGUUGUGAGACGCAAAUGAGAUCGUCUCUUCGAGCAGCAGCCCAAGGCUGCAAUCCAUCCAAGAGCCGCAGAGCAUUGAUUGCCUCUGCUACCGGGCCAUUGGCGGCGUGGAUGGGAGGACCCCCGACGUCGACAGCACCAUCGACUGGAGGUCCGCCUGUGCAUUCACCAUAUCCACAGGACAAGCCGCUCGUUUCGGUGCAUACUUCGCCACGUACCCCAACGACGAGGCCCUGUCGGUGGACGGGCCAUUCAUCAAGCGGAGGCUCCUCUCGGGCACGACGCCGCUGUUCCAGCAACCCAAGACCGACCCCGGGCGAGUGCGACUCAAGGACAGGGACGGCAAGAAGAAGGGCUGCAAACGCAAGCAGCCGCCAGGGGAGGAGGGCUCUGACCCAAAGAGCAACGGCGACGACGGGGAGAUGGCAGAUGGCUUUGAUGAUGAGAGGGGCACCGUCAGCGAAUGCGCAUAA